AUGUACCAGAGCCUGGCGCUGGCCCCGAGCCCCGGCCAGGCCGCCUACGCGGACUCCGGCGCGUUUCUGCACGCGCCAAGCGCCGGCUCCCCGGUGUUCGUGCCGCCCGCGCGCGUCCCCUCCAUGCUGCCCUACCUGCCGGCGUGUGAGCCGGGACCGCAGGCCCCGGGGCUGGCCGCGCACCCCGGCUGGGCGCAGGCGGCGGCAGCAGACUCGUCAGCCUUCGGCUCCGGCAGCCCGCACCCGCCGGCCGCUCAGCCGGCCGCACCCGCCGCCUUCCCCUUCCCGCACAGCCCCGCAGGGCCCGGCGGCGGUGGCAGCGCAGGGACCCCGGACGGUGGCGCCUACCAGGGCGCGCUGCUGGCCCGCGAGCAGUACCCGGCCCCGCUCCGCCGGCCAGUGAGCGCGCCGUACCCCACCGCCUACCCGGCCUACGUGAGCACCGAGGUGGCCCCGUCCUGGACAUCCGGACCCUUCGACGGCAGCGUCCUGCACGGCCUACAGAGCCACCCGGCUGGCUUCCCCGGCCGCAGAGCCACCUUCGUGUCGGACUUCUUGGAAGAGCUCCCCGGCGAGGGUCGCGAGUGUGUCAACUGUGGGGCCCUGUCCACACCCCUGUGGCGUCGCGACGGCACUGGCCACUACCUGUGCAAUGCUUGUGGCCUCUACCACAAGAUGAAUGGCGUCAACCGGCCACUCGUGCGCCCGCAGAAGCGCCUGUCCUCGUCCCGCCGUGCCGGUCUCUGCUGCACCAACUGCCACACGACCACCACCACGCUGUGGCGGCGCAACGCGGAGGGCGAGCCGGUGUGCAACGCCUGUGGGCUCUACAUGAAGCUGCACGGGGUGCCACGGCCCCUGGCAAUGAAGAAGGAAAGCAUCCAGACACGGAAACGGAAACCCAAGAACGUUGUGAAGACCAAGAGCUCCUCAGGAUGCUCAGGGAAGAGCACAGCCUCGCCGCCCUCGGUCCCAGACCCUGAGAGCCCAGCGGCUACUUUGAAACCCAAACCAAGCCUGGCAUCCCCUUCAUGCCCCGGGUCCAGCGUCACCUCCCAGACCUCCGGCCAGGCGGAUGACCCCCUGGCCCCCAGCCACUUGGAGUUCAAAUUCGAGCCCGAGGACUUUGCCUUCCCCUCCGCAGCCCUGGGCCCCCAGGCUGGCCUCGGCAGGACCCUGCGCCAGGAGGCCUGGUGUGCACUGGCCCUGGCCUAG